GGGCCCUCCUGGCUCGCCGGCCGCAAGUGUGCCCGCGUCCCGUUGCCGCCGCUGUCUGGUCUCCUCUCCUGCGCGAACCCGGGUUCCCCUGGAUAAACUUGCGUCCUUGCUCUAAUCCGCCAUGGGAUUCUGCUCCGCGCUUGUAGCCCUGCAGAGCCAAAGACACCCCAGACAACAGACGCCCUCCUGCAGCGUAUAGCAGUGACUCCGGCUCGCCUGCGCCCUAGUUUACAGUAUUUAAUGUUAUAUAUUAUAUACUAUUUAUUAUAGCGAUUUUGAUACCUCAUAUUCUGUUUACACACCCUGAACGCCGCUCAGUAAUUAUUUUAUCAAUCCAACCACUACUCGAGAGCAUGGCAUCUACCGUGGCGACGCUGAUAGCCAGCACCGCGUCUGGUCCCCUGGCGCCGCAGUUCCUGUGGAUGCUCAUCCUGGGCUUCAUCAUCGCCUUCGUCUUGGCCUUCUCCGUGGGAGCCAAUGAUGUGGCAAAUUCGUUUGGCACAGCUGUGGGCUCAGGCGUGGUGACCCUGAAACAAGCCUGCAUCCUCGCCAGCAUCUUCGAAACCGUGGGCUCCGUCUUACUGGGGGCGAAGGUGAGCGAGACCAUCCGCAAGGGCCUGAUUGACGUGAACAUGUACAACUCGAGCCAAGAGCAUCUGAUGCUCAUGGCCGGCUCAGUCAGCGCGAUGUUUGGUUCUGCUGUGUGGCAACUAGUGGCUUCAUUUUUGAAGCUCCCCAUUUCUGGGACCCAUUGUAUUGUUGGUGCAACCAUUGGUUUCUCCCUUGUGGCAAAGGGGCAAAAGGGUGUCAAGUGGUCUGAACUGAUAAAAAUUGUGAUGUCUUGGUUCAUCUCUCCACUGCUUUCUGGUAUCAUGUCUGGAAUCUUGUUCUUUCUUGUGCGUGCAUUCAUCCUCCGCAAGGCAGACCCAGUUCCCAAUGGUUUGCGAGCUUUGCCAGUUUUUUAUGCCUGCACAGUUGGAAUAAACCUCUUUUCCAUCAUGUAUACUGGGGCACCGUUGCUGGGCUUUGACAAACUUCCUCUGUGGGGUACCAUCCUCAUCUCGGUGGGAUGUGCAGUUUUCUGUGCCCUUAUCGUCUGGUUCUUUGUAUGUCCCAGGAUGAAGAGAAAAAUUGAACGAGAAAUAAAGUCUAGUCCUUCUGAAAGCCCCUUAAUGGAAAAAAAGAAUAGCUUGAAAGAAGACCAUGAAGAAACAAAGCUGUCUCUCAGUGAUGUUGAAAAUAGGAAUCCCGUGUCUGAGGUGGGGCCUGCCACUGUGCCCCUCCGGACCGUGGUGGAGGAGAGAACAGUGUCCUUCAAACUUGGGGAUCUUGAGGAGGCUCCAGAGCGGGAGAGGCUCCCCAGCAUGGACCUGAAGGAGGAGACCAGCAUUGACGGCACCAUGAAUGGCACAGUGCAGCUGCCUAAUGGGAACCUCGUUCAGUUUAGUCACGCCGUCAGCAACCAGAUAAACUCCAGUGGCCACUACCAGUAUCACACUGUGCAUAAAGAUUCUGGCUUGUAUAAAGAGCUGCUCCAUAAAUUGCAUCUGGCCAAGGUAGGAGACUGCAUGGGAGAUUCCGGAGACAAGCCCUUGAGGCGCAAUAACAGCUAUACUUCCUACACCAUGGCAAUUUGUGGCAUGCCCCUGGAUUCAUUCCGUGCCAAAGAAGGUGAACAGAAGGGUGAAGAAAUGGAGAAGCUGACGUGGCCUAAUGCAGACACCAAGAAGCGUAUUCGAAUGGACAGUUAUACCAGUUACUGCAAUGCUGUGUCUGACCUCCACUCGGCAUCUGAGAUGGACUUGAGUGUCAAGGCUGAGAUGGGUCUGGGCGACAGAAAAGGAAGUAGUGGCUCUCUGGAAGAAUGGUCUGACCAGGACAAGCCUGAAGUCUCUGUUCUCUUCCAGUUCCUACAGAUCCUCACAGCUUGCUUCGGGUCGUUUGCCCAUGGUGGCAAUGACGUCAGCAAUGCCAUUGGUCCUUUGGUUGCUCUGUAUCUGAUUUAUGUCACCGGGGAUGUUUCUUCGGAAGGGGCGGUACCAAUAUGGCUUCUACUUUAUGGUGGUGUUGGCAUCUGCACUGGACUGUGGGUUUGGGGAAGAAGAGUUAUCCAGACCAUGGGGAAGGAUCUGACACCAAUCACACCCUCUAGUGGCUUCAGUAUUGAGCUGGCGUCUGCCCUCACUGUGGUGAUCGCUUCAAAUAUUGGCCUUCCCAUCAGCACAACACAUUGCAAAGUGGGCUCUGUUGUCUCUGUUGGUUGGCUCCGGUCCAAGAAGGCUGUUGACUGGCGGCUCUUUCGCAACAUUUUUAUGGCCUGGUUUGUUACGGUCCCCAUUUCUGGCGUCAUCAGUGCUGCUAUCAUGGCAGUCUUCUAUUAUUUCAUCCUUAAAGAAUGAUUCCAGUGUUACCGAAGACUGACGAGAGUCUUUUUAAAGUUUGGGAGCUGUGGGAGGGAAGUGUUAAUUAUGCUAUAAUUGCUUUUGUGCUAAAUAUGACUUGUCUCAAAAUUAGCUAUGUAAAAUAGCCAGGUUUCCACUGGUUUCUUCUGAGGUCCCCUUUCCUUUUGGGCUGUGAAUUCCUGUACAUAUUUCUCUACUUUUUGUAUCAGGCUUCAAUUCCAUUAUGUUUUAAUGUUGUCUUCUGAAGAUAAUGUGUGUGUGUGUGUGUGUGUGUGUGUGUGUGUGUGUGUAUAAGAGAGAGAGUGAGAGAGAACCAUGCAGAGCCAUCCUGCAGAGCAUCCUCUGCUUCGUUGGCUUCACCAGCUUUUGCCCUAACACGCACAGGGAUCUAACAGCAAACCAGUUAGCUGAAGCUUCCCCUGUAGUCUCCUCCUAGAAGUAGUCAUUGGCACUCUGCCUCCUGUCGCUGUGGCAGGUUCUCCCCGUGUGUGUGGGAACUUCUUAGAGGGUUCUUUGGACACAGUGAACAUUUAGUAGUGACUUUGACCAUUAUUGCUUAGAAGUAGGAAGAAAAGCCUUCUGGCAAUCUUGGUUAUUAAGAUUUCUGGUGGUGUGGGAUGCGUGAAUGAAGUGGAAUAUGUACUUUGGGUAAGUUAAAUGGGACAGCCUUCCAUGUUCAUCUGUCUACCUCUUAACUGAAUAAAAAAAGCCUACAAUUUUUAGAAAA